GAUAUGGCAGCUUUGAGAGCGACCAGGUGGAACUUGCUUUGUUAACGCGGCUUUACGUUUUAUUAUAAAACCCUGAGUUAGAGUCGAUGUCAGGGCCGCUGCUCGAAAUGAUUUACUUAAUACUUAUUUCCGCAUUUUUUGGAGCAGUCGUUACGCUGAUAGUACAGUUCCUGUUGUUAUACCGGAGAAGCCCCGAGCCCAUAGGCAGGACAGUGCAGUAUGUCAAAGUAGUGCCUGGUAAUGCAUUGAAGGAUUACUUUAAUAGCCAUCAUGCCGAAGCAGGCCAGCAGCAGCAGGACAGCACGGCAUCUACUGCAUCUAAGCAGCAAGAGGCCGUCUCUACAAAACACCAGGAAGCGGCUGUCACCGGCGGGUUCCCCAAACAACAGCCGCCACCGCCUUCCCAAAGCGAGCCCAUUGAUUCGGACAAACCCGAAACGUGCAAUUUCCUAAACGCUAUAUUUUUGUUCCUGUUCAGGGAGCUCCGAGACACCCCCGUCGUCCGACACUGGCUCACCAAAAAGAUUAAGGUGGAGUUUGAGGAGCUGCUGCAGACCAAGACAGCUGGCCGGCUCCUGGAGGGACUCAGUCUAAAGGAUUUUUCUCUGGGUGAUUCGCUACCGGUUUUUAAAACCGCCAAACUUAUGAAGCCGGUGCAUUUGAACGAAGACGGGAUGCCAGAAGAGCUCAACUUCGAGGUGGACAUCGAAUACAAUGGCGGCUUCCACCUUGCCAUCGACGUCGAGCUGGUGUUCGGAAAGUCCGCUUACCUGUUCGUUAAGAUGAGGCGCGUGGUGGGCAGGCUGAGGCUGCAGUUCACGCGCAUGCCCUUCUCCCACUGGUCCUUCUCCUUCCUCGAGGACCCGCUGGUGGAUUUUGAGGUGAAGUCCCAGUUUGAAGGAAGGCCGUUGCCUCAGCUCACCUCCAUCAUAGUCAACCAGCUGAAACGCGUCAUCAAGAAGAAACACACUUUACCCAACUACAAAAUCAGAUACAAGCCCUUCUUCCCAUUCCAAGUGCAGCCUCUGCUGGGUUCAGCCUGUGAUUUGGAUCUGUCAGUCCAUGACAGCCGGCUGGUUGAAGGACGGCUUAAAGUCACCCUCAUUGAAUGUAGCAGACUGUUUGUCCUGGGCUCCUACGACAGAGAAAUCUAUGUUCACUGCACCCUGGAGCUGAGCAGCCAGCAGUGGAAGGAGAAGGCUCGCAGUUCCAUCAAAAAGACGGAGAUUAUCAAGGGGACAUGUACCAGUGUGGGGAUGACAUUCAGACAAGUCCCUGUCAGCGAGGGGGAUGCAGCACACGUUUGCAUCGAGACCGUUUCGCCCAACUCACCUGCAGCCUUGGCAGAGCUGCAGAAGGGUGAUCGCCUCAUUGAAAUUGGAGGUGUUAAAGUGACGUCCUCGGUUCAAGUGCCGAAACUGUUAAAGCAGGCUGGAGAAAAAGUGGUGGUACUUUAUGAGAGACCAGUUCGUCAUCAGAAUGCCUCUUUGGGAAGCCAGGGAACUCUGAAUGAAGGGUCUGGGCAGCCAGAAGAAAACAGUUUUACUCCCCAGCAAGCAGGUUAUGAGGAAGAUCCAGCCCCCAUCACCACCAUGUCUGACUUACCCGACGGCAAAGACAUAGACUCUGAGUUUGAAGAAUUGAUUGUGGAAUCCAAGCCUAGUCAGACUGGUGGCCCCAAUAGCAGUACCACAAAUAUCAGUGAAACCAAGGAGGAUUUCUUACUUACAGUAAAUCAGAGCCCCAAAAGGACUGUGGCCAACCUGGCUUCAAAGCCCCUUGGUACUAUAUCACCUAUACUCAACCGCAAGUUAAACCUGGUGAGUCUCCAGUCACCACUAAAGCCCCAACCCAAAGAGUCACCAAAGCCCUCACCACAAAAGACCAGUACUGAUCCAGGGGAGGGUCUGCAACGUCCUACUAUCCCUCCCCCACCUCCCCCUUCUCGCCCUCCAGUGCCACCAAGACCACAGAUAAGGUUGACGUCUGCAUCCUCAGAAACUAGCCUUUUGGAAAGCGUGGAUUCUGUUACAACUACUAAUGUUACUGCUGCUGCUGCUGCUGCUUCUUCCCUUACGAAGACAGUCAGUGCUUCUGAAAAGUCUCCAGAAAAAGUUCCGCGCACUGGACCUGGUGAGGACAAGGCUGUCGCUGAGAAGGUAUGUGUCAAACAAACUGAGGCAAAACAGUCCACCAAGCCAAUGGAAACAAGUGAGGAGGUGCUUGCAUCCACUGUGACCAGCAGCAGCAAGGCUGAUCAAACAAAGGACAAAGCAUCAGAGAGCUCCUCCAGCACGCGGGACAGUGUAGAGGACCACUCCCUCUGGGAAUCCACAGAAGCCACGUUUCGUAACCAGACAGCACAAUGGUCAAAAGCAUCUGUUGUAUUUGAGGUAGAGAGCAACCAUAAGUACCUUAAUGUAGCCUUGUGGUGCAAAGAUCCCUUUAAACUGGGCAGUUUGUUAUGCCUAGGUCAUGUGAGCCUCCAGCUGGAGCAUGUAGCUCUGGAAUGUAUGGCCACAUCUUCAGGAGAGUACCAAAGUACCUUCAAGUUGGGGCCUCCAGAGCCCAGAGCCAACGUCAGCCGCACUGCAUUACGCAGUCUUAGCACUCACAAGGGUUUCAAUGAGAAGCUGUGUUAUGGAGAUGUUACUCUAAACUUCUGUUACUUAGCUGAGGGUGAGCUAGAGUAUCCAGUUGGGCUGGUAGAAAGAGAACAAGAGGGGAGCCUCCGGGAGGAGGACCUGAGGGAGAGGGAGCCUAUCCCUGCUGCACCACGUGAGGACUUGGCCUACAGCACUGUGCAUUUGCAAGAGGUUCGUCACAACUUCCAGGACACGCAGUUUCAGAAUCCCACCUAUUGUGAAUACUGCAAGAAAAAGGUUUGGACCAAGGCAGCCUCUCAGUGUAUGCUCUGCGCCUAUGUUUGCCACAAGAAGUGCCAGGAGAAGUGCCUCGCUGAAAAUCCUUUUUGUGUGGCGACAGCUGAACGUCGUGGAGCUGACCUUGAAGCUAAAUCCACCAUAAACCGGGCUACCACCGGCCUAACUCGCCACAUUAUCAAUACCAGCUCCCGCCUGCUUAACCUUCGCCAGGUGCCCAAGGCUCGUCACGAACAGGUUACUGAUGCGCCCGGAGUGGUGGAACCCUCACCGAAGCAUACCCCUAACACAUCUGACAAUGAGAGCAGUGAUACUGAGACCUACACCAGUGGUGCCAGCCCCUCAAAGCAGCCCGCGGGCAGUGGCAGCAGUAAACUUGUACGAAAGGAAGGUGGACUGGAUGACAGCGUGUUCAUAGCUGUGAAGGAAAUAGGCCGUGACCUGUACCGGGGGCUGCCCACAGAUGAGCGCUCCCAGAAGUUAGAAUUGAUGCUGGACAAACUGCAGCAGGAAAUUGACCAGGAGCUGGAGCACAAUAACGCUCUCAUGGUGGAGGAGAGGGAGGCCACAGAUGCACGCCGCAAGGCCCUUAUCAGUACUGCCCUGGCCAAGUCUGGGGAGAGACUCCAGGCCCUCACUCUGCUAAUGAUUCACUACCGGGCAGGUAUUGAAGACUUGGAGUCGGUGGAGAGCACGUCUCCUUCAGAGCAGCCGGGCUUUAAAGGCAAAGAAGAAGGCCUGGAGGAAGAGGCCCUGUUGGGGACAGAGGUCUAUGACAGUGAUCCAUGCAGCAGCCCUGUGGAUAUGCCGCUGCUGGAUGACAUUAGUGAAGAGCAGAUCUGCGUGGAGGCACUCCACUAAAACAAGACUUGAGAAAGAAAAGAACAGAAUUUCAGCCGUACAUUUAGAAUAUGGGGGAAACCAAGUGUUUGAUGUUGGCAUUCUUGUUUGUUUUUUCAUGUCAAAAUGAAAGGAUGCUCUAAAGGAUAUUUCCUUUCCAGGAACAUUUGGUGAACCUGUUAUUGAUCUUUGAUUUCCACUGUGUGACACCUUUUCCAUGUUUUAGGUUUUUAAAGGGAAGCUUGACAGUUGCACCAUUAUCUGCCCUCAGCUGCACGUUCCUCCUCCGGUUUAGGUUUUCUGUGGCUUCAGAAUGUCACAGCGUGGAUUUAAUUCAGCUUUCUUGUCUGUAACUGGUUUCACAUAAAGAUUUUAGGAAAUGUUCAUCGUCAUUCUUUUGGUGAAUAAUUGGUAAAUAUUUGUUUGCUGUGAGUAACCAGCCCAAAUGAAGAUGACAUGAGCAAAUUUAUAUUUUGUUUGCUGAAGGAGUUAUCAUAUCUGUUUUUCUGUUAUAUUUGAAAUAAUGAGUUCACUUAUCACAAAGAGUUUUUGGAUUUCAGUGAUGAAUAUUGUUUGUUUCUGUAUUUUCCUCAGUGUUUUGGUUGGUUUGUAUUUCUUACACAAAUAGGGUUGAUUAGGCUAUGUAACCACCUUUUAAUUAUGGCUGUAAGAUGUAGUCAUCCCAUGUUAUCACUUUCAAUCAGUUGCUAAUCUCGUUAUUAAUAUUGUUAUCAAUAUAUAUUUUUUGAUUUGUCAUUUAUUGUUUAACAUCCCUGAAUUAUGUACAACUCUUUUAUGGCACAUUUUUGAGUGCAAUUUGAGAAAGGCACAAUUUUAUUGAUCUGUGAAUGAAUGUGACCCAGGAGCCCAUGUGAUCUAACUUUUUGAAUAUUGUUUUAGUAUGUGUUUGUGAAUUAUUUCCAUACAGAGCAAUUUAAUGCUGAA